AUGCCAGUCGAAUUCAGCGAGGACCGCUUUCUGGCGGCAUGCUUGAAGCACUUGGAUCCCAGCUGUGGCAAGGUCGAUCUUGCUGCGGUGGCGGCUGCUCUGGACUAUGGCAACGUCAAGUCAGUGGCCAAUCGAUUCAAUUCCCUGAAGAAGAAACAUCGGAUCAGGGUCGACUCCUUCCGCUCGUCUGGACCCAGUCCCAAUAAGGGCUCUACUAAGAGAAGACAGACAAGCAAGGUUGCGGUGAAGAGCGAAGACCAGGAAGAUGACACCGGCACCAGCGAGGAGGAAACAAAGCCGGAUGGUUCAAAGGAGGAUACAAACCCGGAGGAACUGCUUGAACAGAUUCUUAAGGAGGAGAAGGGGGUCUGA